AUGCAAAGCAUACAACAGGUAGAAGGCACAAAUGGGCUUAUUAAAACUGAGUAUAAAAAUACAUUGCCAACCCAAAGAUUUUCAAGCAUUCAAAAUGUGUUUUUUGAACCAGUUCAAAAUGAAAUAAAAAAAUAUUUAACUUUGGAAUCCACCUUAGUUCAAAGUAUCCAAAUAUCACAAAGUAUUCUAUAUCAUGCAUAUUCAUUUGAAUUAACUUUGCUUCUUGCUGCACACAAAUAUACAGAUGGAUAUCUUGAGGAUGAAUAUGAUGCAUUACAAGCUUCGCUUGAAAAUCUUUUGAACAUAGUCAACCACAAUACACAUCUUUGUACCUGUCUAUAUAUUAUUUCUAAUGGUUUUUAUUGCAGACAUUUCUUUAGUGUUUUUAAAAUAUCUCGCAAUGCAAAGUUUGAUAUUAAACUUAUAUCUAAAUGUUGGUACACUGAUCUAAUGCAAGCAUCAGACUAUUCUAUGAUUGAAGGCAUAGUUAUUGAAAAAAUCGAUUCAAAUAAACAAAUAAAUCAGUUAAUUUCUAUUCAUGGUCCCAAUAUAUAUCAAGCUAGUAUUCAUACUAGCAUUAUACAAAAACAAGAAUAUGCAUAUGAUUUUGAGAAAUUUAUUGAAAAUCAUACUGAUAUUGAUGCUAAUAAUCGAAUGACGAUUGAAGUUACUCAAAUUGAAAAUUCAAAAAAAUUGAAGCACAAAGGACAUCCAAAAAUUCUAAAAUCUACACAAAUCAUUUAA